CUUAGCUGCGCCGGUGGCUUUUUUUUCUGUUGUAUUGGUUUUAUUGUCUCCCUGCCCCUGUCCCUGCACUUGCAGCUCUUUUUCCUGGUCGUGGUUCUCGGCUUCUGCUCCCACUUUCCCUCCAUCGAUCCCGUCUGUCUGUCAGAAUCCCGUCUGGUUCGUGUGUGCUCGUCCAUGGAGCCCCCGAACCACGUCAUCUUGCCAACCUCCACCUAGAUCCAUCCCAGUCCAUCUUAUAUCAUAUCAUAUCAUACCUCAUCACUCGCCUUCCUUUCGUUUCCUUCCCUUCUGCUCCCCCUCCCCCUCCCUUUCUUUUUUCUCCCUCCCUCUCUGCCCACAUUCCAAUCCCCCCACGUGUUGAUUGUCUCGAACAAUCGACAAGAUAAAAAAAAGAAAAUAAAAAAACCCAGUCCAUGGCCAAAUUGCCGUUAUUCCGCAAAGCUCCUCCGCGGCCUCCCACCGCCGGACGGUCUCGCUCCACCGUGCUCUGGCAUCGCCUGCUUCGCUCCUUUUUCUAUCUCAUCGCCUGGAUCUUCCUCGUCCUGGUGGUCAUCGGCAAUGUCGCCAACAAGCCCGUCCUGCGCGACACCUACUUCCUCAAGAUCGAUCUCUCCAACAUCGUCCCGCUCUCCAUCCCCAAUGCCGUCCUGAUCAACAGUAUCGCCCGGUCCAUCGGUCUGCACGAUUUCUACCAGGUCGGCCUGUGGAAUUUCUGCGAGGGUUACAAUGACAGCGGCAUCACGCAUUGCUCGAAGCCCGAGACGCUGUACUGGUUCGAUCCGGUGACGAUCCUGUUGAGUGAAUUGCUGUCGGGCGCCACCAUCGCCCUCCCCGGCGACAUCACCUCGGCGCUGCAGAUCGCCCGCAAAGCCUCCUACUGGAUGUUCGGGCUGUUCCUGACCGCCGCGGUGCUCACCUUCGUGAUGAUCUUCCUGUCGCCGCUGGCCACCUCGUCGCGCCCGCCGCAGUCGCUCUCGUCCGACGCCUCCGUCAACGCCGCCUCGCCGACGCACCGCCGCCGCACCUUCGUGCUCUUCCGCUCCCUGCCCUUCCUGCUGCUCACCUUCCUGACGGCCCUCUUCACCAUCGUCCCCUCCGUCGUCGCCACCGUCAUGUUCAUCAUCUUCAAAAACGUCUUCACCAACUCCGCCCAGGACCUGAAUAUCAACGCCGAGGUCGGUUCCCAGAUGAUGGCCUUCAUGUGGGUUGCGUCUGCCUUUAACUUGCUGCCCUUCCUCUGGCAGCUGGGGUCCUCGUGUGCUGCCUGCUGCGGGGGGCGGAAGGCCCGGAAGGAGUUGAAGCGUGGAGGGAGUUCCGCCGGUCAGACGAAUACUGACUCCAAUGGCUCGGCGGAGUUGAAUCGCGAGAAGGCCGCACCGCAUAGUCCCGCUACGACGGAAUAGAUCCGGACUGGUCGGGUUUGUAUAUUUUUUUUGGAUUUAAAGCUUACAUCGGAGGGAGAAGGCUGAGUUGAGUAUUUCUUCUUGUCCUCCCUCUUGCUCUUGCUCUCUUUUUUCUCAUCUUUGGGAUCACUGGCGUGGAAUUUUGCUAGAUUUUUCUAUACAUGUUGCUCUGUGGAUUAGUUUCUUUGUGUUGUUAUCUAUGUGGUUAUAUAGCAGGCUUUGACUAUACUGGGCUGGAUUUCCUAUAUACAUACAUGCUGCUCUGGGGAUUCGGCGGAUGUGGAUUUAGAUGGACGGUAUAGAAGGAAGAAAGGAUGUGUUUGAUAGGAACUGCCUGGUGAUUCUCAUCUUACGAUCGUUACGACCAAAUCUUGAUUACCUACGAUAUCAUC